CUCCAUCCUCUCCCAAGAUAGCUUCUUCCUUCAAUUUGUUCUUCCGUCCAACUCUUUCCUACAGUAUUCCUUUGGGUCCUUCACAUUUUUUUUAAAGCAAGUCUCCUGCUGGGACAGCCAACCGCCCCCCCCUCAUUAUUGACUAACAUCCGCAUUCCCAGCACCUCCUAAUUAGGAGCAACUGGUGGUACAACUCUGGACGCUAUUGGCGCUCGGCGAAUAGGGCGAGUAGCGCCCCCUACAGCAUUUCGGCGUGAGCCACACUCGCAGCCCCCACCUCCUCCAGCAAAGCGCAGCAUCAGCAGUAACAACCAGCAGGACGUUUCAGCCCUCUCAACUUUUUGCGCCUUCCCACCUCCAAGUGGCUGUUGUGUAGCGUUGAAGGGAGUUCCCUCUUCCCCCCCCCGCGCGCCUCCUAGCUGUUUGCACUGAGAGAGUCUUUACCAUCCAGUUUGGAGGGGAAAGCUGCCAACUUUUUAUACCUCAGCUGACCAAAAAGAAAAGAAAAAGAGUGAUGAUGAGGGUUUCUUGGACCAAGUUGAAGGAGGGGUUUUUCUCCACGGGGGCUGCCCGGCUGCUUCUGUUCCUCAGCUGUUGCGCGACCGGCGGCCGGCCCUACAACCUGGACCCGCAGAGCGCGCUGGUCUUCCAAGGGCUGAAUGGGACCUUGUUUGGCUAUUCGGUCCUGCUGCACAGCUCUGGCAACAGCAGAUGGCUUGUAGUGGGAGCUCCUAAAGCCAACUGGUCUACAAAUAGCUCAGUGGUGAAUCCAGGUGCAAUUUUCCGAUGCCAGAUAGGGAGGAAUCCUGGGAGAGAUUGUGAAAUGCUCCAAGUGGGUGAUCCAAAAGGAGAAAGGUGUGGAAAAACCUGUUCAGAAGAAAGAGAUAAUCAGUGGCUGGGGGUGAGCUUGUCAAGGCAGCCAGGAGAAAAUGGAGCUAUUGUUGCCUGUGGGCAUCGGUGGAAAAAUAUAUAUUAUAUUGCAAAGGACAAACUUCCUAAUGGCAUUUGUUAUGAGAUACCUUCUAAUUUUCGGACACUGUUGAGUCAAAGAAUAUGUCCUUGCUAUAAGGAUCACUGGCAAAAAUCUGGAGACAAAUAUGGAUCAUGCCAGGCUGGGAUAGCAACAUUUUACACACAGGAUUUAAUUAUUAUGGGAGCUCCAGGAUCAUAUUAUUGGACUGGAUCCAUCUUUGUAUACAAUAAAACUGCAAAUAUCUUCCUUUCGUAUGUAGAUGAUAAUAAUCAAGUAAAGUCUGGGAGUUAUCUAGGGUACGCUGUUGGAGCUGGCCAUUUCUUGUCUCGGAGUAGUUCAGAAGUAAUUGGAGGUGCUCCCCAGCAGGAACAGACUGGUAAAGCAUACAUUUUAAAAAUUGAAGAGAAAAGGCUAUCGAUUUUGUCUGAAUUGAAGGGUAACAAGCUUGGUUCUUAUUUCGGCGCUACUGUCUGCGCAGUGGACCUCAAUGGGGAUGGACUCUCAGACUUACUGGUUGGAGCUCCAAUGCACAGUAAAGUUAGGGAAGAAGGAAGGGUUUAUGUUUACAUCAACUCAGGCUCUGAAGGAAAGAUGCUAGAGCUGGAGAUGGCACUGGCUGGGAGCAAUUUGUAUGCAGCGAGGUUUGGAGAUGCCAUUGCCAACUUAGGAGACAUUGAUAAUGAUGGAUUUGAAGAUGUAGCCAUUGGGGCUCCACAGGAAAAUAACUUAGAAGGUGCAAUUUACAUAUAUAAUGGCAGGAAAGAUGGAAUAUCAGCAACCUUCUCACAGAGAAUACAAGGGCAUCAGAUCAGCAACACUUUACGAAUGUUUGGUCAGUCCAUAUCUGGAAGGAUUGACGUAGACAACAAUGGAUAUUCAGACGUAGCUGUUGGUGCUUUCCUGUCGAAUUCUGCUGUGCUGCUGAGGACGAGGGCAGUAGUCAUUGUUGAAGCAUCCUUAAAACAUCCUACCUCAGUGAAUCGAACUAAAUUGGAGUGUUUGGAAAAUGGACAGCCUGUUGUGUGUGUGAAUCUGAUGCUUUGUUUUAACUAUAGUGGCCGAACAGUUCCAGGUUAUAUAGUAUUGCUUUACAAUCUGAGCCUGGACGUUAGCAGGAGGUCAGAUACUGCAGCAAGGUUUUAUUUUUCCUAUAAUGGUACAUCUGAAACAACCUCUGGAAGCAUCAAAAUUUACAAUAGCAACAAUGUUACUUGCACAUCUCACCAUGCAUUUAUGAGGAAAAAUGUAAUGGAUAUCCUGGCUCCUAUACAAGUUGAAGCCACCUAUGGCCUUGGAGAGAAUGUUCCAAAGAACGAAAGUGCAGAUGAACUUCCACUGCUCCAGCCUGUUCUUCAACAACGAAAAUAUGAUGAUGUCAUACGCAGCAAGUUCAUGUUUGCAAGAUUUUGCUCUCAAGAAAAUUGUUCUGCUAACUUGCGAGUCUCUGGAACACUUAUAUUUCCAAAGCCUCAUGAAAAGAAGUCUUACCUUGCAGUGGGAAGUAUGAAAACGUUAACUCUGAAUGUUACCCUGUACAAUGCUGGUGAUGAUGCCUAUAAAACUGCCCUUCAUAUCCAACUCCCUAAAGGACUUUAUUUCACCAAAAUUCUACAGCAGGGAGAAACCCAAACACAUUGUGAAGUGUCGGAAAAAGAAAGUCAUUCCGUGAGACUCGACUGCAGUGUUGGAUAUUUAUAUUUAUAUUUAGAUCACCUGUCAAAGAUGGAUGUUAGUUUUGGGCUGGAUGCAAGCUCACUUAGCAGGGCAGGAGAUGACCUCAGCAUCAGCAUCAAUGCAACCUGUGAAAAUGAAGUGGACAGUGACUUACUGACGGAUAACAGCCUUAUUUUAACUUUGCCUCAGAAGUAUGAGGUUGAGCUGAAUGCUCAUGGGUCUGUAUUACCGACAUCAUUUGUAUAUGGACCCAGUCAGGAAAAUUCACCAGUUUGCAUGAAGGAGAACAUAAACUUCACUUUCCAUGUCAGUAAUCCAGGACUAAGUAUGGCUCCUAAUGUAAGCAUGAUGAUACAGAUACCCAAUUCUUUUGUUCCAAGAGACAUCAAGCUGUUUAAUGUUCUGGAUGUCAAGACAACUGACGGAUACUGUAUAUUCAAAAAUUAUACAAGAAACUGCACUUUACAAAAAACAAAUGAACAUAUGUUGAGAGAUUUCAUUACAUUCUUCACAAAGCUUGACAAGAGGCAACUGUACUGUAUGAAACAUGACCCAUUCUGUUUGCAAAUACUUUGCAAUUUUGGGAACAUGGAAAAUGGAAAAGAAGCAACUGUUCACAUUCAGCUGGAAGCAACUCCUUCACUGUUGAACAUGGAUGAAGCUUCGGCACUUAUAUUUGAAGUAAAAGGGAAAGUUUCAGCAGAUCAAAAUCCCAAAGUCACUGAACUGCACAAGGACAAGCAAAGUACUUACGUCAUUCUGGAGGGACUUCAUAACCAAAAGACAAAAGUUAGUGUGACAGUGCUGCUUAUUGGAAUAGGUUCAAUAGUUGGAAUUACUUUGCUUUUGCUUCUUGCGUUUAUUUUAUGGAAGGUUGGUUUCUUUACAAGAAAGUAUAAACUUCUCCCUCAAGAACCGAAUGGAAGGGAAAGUUGGAGCUAUGUAAACAGCAAACAAAAUGGCAGCAGUGAUGAUUAAGAGAUUUUCUACCUAAAUAGUACUGGAUCAUUUUUAUCAAAGGCACCGAUUACAAGAAUGGACAAAUCCUAAGUCCUUGUCAUGUAUCUGAGUGAGAAGAAGGAUUUCAUCUUCGUCAGCUUUCUAUGCUACAAAAGAUAGAAUGUGUGAAGGAGAACAGCAAAGAUAACCAAGAUCACCAGUCUCUGGGUUCAAAAGCAAAGAAACCCAAUGAAAACAAGUAAACACUAUGGAAGAGCUGCUACUUGCUAAAACGUUUUGGCCAGUAGUGUGAAUCAUACUUGAAUUAGAGUGCAUAGCUUCACUGUCUAGGAAUUCAGCUAAUCAAGUUUUAUAUAUAUAUAAUAAAGAUAUUGUUAAUAGACUUGGAA